UUUCCCUGUUUAGAUCGAUUCUCAAGGGUUAAUUUGUUGUUGUUGUUGUUGUUAUGCAACUUUUGUUCUUUGGAAUUCGUAUCCAGCGAUUGAGUUUCCAGAUCUGAUUUUUAGCAUUUUUUGUCUUCUUCUGCUAGUUAAAGGAAUCAUUUCAGUGGGUUUUGAUUCUCCGACGAGAUCGGUUAAGCUGAUAAACUGUUGUUCUAGAUGUUUUAGCUGCAGAGUACGUUUUCUAGGGCUAGUUUUCUUUCUCUACUCUGAGAGGUUGUGUUUAGAGGAGAUUUGAUGCAGAUCUUCGUUUCUAGGGAAGCAAUUGUGUAGACUGUAAUUAAGGUUUUAGAUAUCACAUAAGAUGGAUGAAAGCGGAGGUGAUAGUGGUUCAGUGGCCACACCUGUCCAACAGCGUGCACAUGAGGCUUGGAGGAUUUAUCAACACUAUCUUGACAAGACUACACCUCAUGCAACCUACAGGUGGAUUGGAACUCUUGUUGUCGCUCUUAUCUACUGUCUCAGGGUUUACUAUAUUCAGGGCUUCUACAUCAUUGCCUAUGGUCUUGGAAUCUACCUUCUGAAUCUGCUUAUCGGGUUCUUAUCCCCUCUUGUUGAUCCUGAGGCCGGCGGGGUCUCUGAUGGGCCUACUCUGCCUACCAGAGGUUCUGAUGAGUUCAAGCCUUUUAUUCGCCGUCUCCCCGAGUUCAAAUUCUGGUAUUCCAUGACAAAGGCUUUCUGCAUAGCUUUCCUGAUGACAUUCUUUUCGGUGUUUGACGUCCCUGUGUUUUGGCCAAUCCUGCUGUGCUAUUGGGUCGUUCUGUUUGUUCUCACCAUGAGACGCCAGAUCGCCCACAUGAUCAAAUACAAGUACAUUCCUUUCAGCUUAGGCAAACAGAAAUAUGGUGGACGGAGCAGCAGCAGCAGCAGCGGCUCACGUGCGGAUUGAUCUGACCAGUUUGCUGACCAUUAGCCACUUUUUUUUUUUGUCUUUGCAAAAAAGGAAAAUACAAAUGUUAAAGAAAAUCAUUUUGGACAAAUUUUUAAACUAUUCAGCUAUAAGGAAGAAUUAGAGGCAGGAAAAAAGAAACAGGAUGGAAAUUAAAUUUGUUUUAGCUCCGAGGAAAUUUAGUCGUGUUAGUUUACCAUGUUGUAACUGAGUAGAAUGCAACAUGUAUUGCAAUACUA